ACUCUCACUGUCCCAUCGUUUAUUUUCUUCCGUUUCUUCUUUGUAAAUACUUUCCUUGCCACUGCUUUCAUAGCAAUCGUCCUCUGUAUUAUCUCUCUCAAUUAUAUCAUUUGUUCUGAACUGUCGGUGUGUGAUCCAUGAGCAACUCUUCAGCCCACUCACCUUAUCCUACCAACACCAACGUAGACCAAGAAGGGCUCUCAAGGAAACGGAAACAACAACAAAAUGAAUUCGUAUCACACGUGGAUUUACAGUAUGCAGAACCACCUGCCAAUAGCCACUUUGACACCAUGUACCCAGCUCCUACUCAGAAUGAUUUACAGUGGAGUCUAAUGCACCCUCCCACCACAUCUGAUCAGUUUUCGGUGGAUCCCAUGUUUGCCUUUCAGCCUAACCAAGGGAUGGAAUUUGAAAAUAGCCAUGCUUUCGAUGCACACGUUAUGCAUACUGGUAAUCAACAUCCGCCAUCUCAUGUCCCACCUCCGUUCCACGAGAUGCAUGGCGGACAUGUCACUGACCAUGACUUCCAGUCCGAUAUGUUUCAUAUGCCUCCUUCUCUGGUCGAUCAGGCUAACAUGCGUAGACACUCUGUUGCGGUGGGAGAAAUACUACGUCAGCAACAAGUCGAUCCCAACGCUUCUUAUAUGGACAUGACAAACCAAGAUUACGAUCGGUUCAGACCACGCCAUAUGUCCACUACGUAUGAUAUGAGUCCUUUUCAGCUUAUGCAGCAACCGUAUCAACCGUCACCCUUAUUCCAUAGCGAUGACCCAUCGGCUUUGUCAACUCCGCCUCAUACCGCUACUCCCAUACAGCGAAGACAAAGCAAAUCGGCGACUACGAUAACCAAAUCAAAAGCGAGAACCAACCAGAGAAAUAGAGCCAUGUCAUUGCGUUUGGACACCAGUGGAUCUCCUUCUGCUCAAGCUGUUCAACAAUCCUCCCCUCUCACCCCGGCUUUCUUCUCGCCAGCUUUUCUGGAAGCUUUGAACGCAGAUACCCAAAGUUCUGCCGAUGAGGCUGAUGUCUAUCCCUUCCCUGCCCAUGACUCGGAAUAUGUCGAUCCCUCCAAGACCAUGAACAACGCACGGACCAACCCUGAAGACUCGACCAACCAUUUUUAUUCAUCGGCUUCUCCUACCGAUUCCUCAGAUAUCAAGCCGUCCCCAUCGUCGUCCUCUUACAUGAUGGAGCCGAAACCUUUUCUGACUCAGCAACACACCACGCCAACCAUCAUAGAAGAAAAUGAAGAAUUAUUCAAAAACCUCGCUGAUUAUGGCUCCCAUAUGCAACUGCCCACGCAACCACCCGUCAACGGUCUGGGGAUUCGACGCCAAAGUGAUCAUUUCCCUAUACAAGAUGCAAAGAUCCUUUAUACUAGCCCUUCGGGCGGCAUCACCGAUAUGCGUAGUGCCAUUGGUCACUUUUUGAGCUCUCCGUCCUCUUUAGCGGCUGGCGAGUAUACUGUGAUGCUUCUUACUAGCAAGGUUGCGCAGAAGAGCUAUGGUACUGAGAAAAGAUUUUUAUGCCCACCGCCCACCACCAUCAUCCUUGGACCUCACUGGUGGACUCCAGGUUCCGAUAACAAAGGAAUCACUUCAAGCAAUACUUUACAUCCACCCAAACUUGCCAUUCAUAUGUCUGGUGAUGCAACUGCCAUGAGCUCAGCACAACCUAUUCAACUCAAUACGUUUGAAUGGUCCACGGCUGCUGGUGAUCGUAUCGAUGGAUCAUCCAACGAGCGAUUUACUCAAGGGUCGAAAUCCAAUCCUGUAUCAUCCACCGUGGUGACGUCGACCAAUGAACCUAUUCUGUCUGGCCGCUGCGUGUCCAAGAAUCUCUAUAUUAAUGACGCUGAUGAGAAACGAAAGCGUGUAGAAGUCAUGGUGAAGAUCCAACUUGCCAAUGGAUUCAAUUUAGGAACGUUUGCCAGUAAAGGGAUCAAAGUGAUCAGCAAGCCGAGCAAAAAGCGCCAAAACGCCAAGAAUAUGGAUUUGUGUAUCCACCAUGGAUCUACCAUCUCGCUAUUUAAUCGAAUCCGUUCACAAACCGUAUCCACCAAAUAUUUGGGUGUAUCGACCUCCAAUAAUUCAGCUAUUCGAUAUGGCGGGAAUGUACCACUUGACUGGCCGGCGCCUGGGUUUUCGGAAGAAAAUGCCAAUCUAAAUAAUUCAACCUGUUUUUCCGUUCGCACCACGUCUUGGGACCCAUUUGUCAUAUGGAUUGUCGAUACCAGCGGUAGGCAACAAGCUGAUCCUGAUAUGUUCAAUUCUCGAAAUCCAGGGUCCUCUGCACCACGACGCCCCACGCCUCCGAUCAUCGCCUUGCAGGAUAAGCCCGACGAGCCCAUUGCCAUUCAUUACAAUCAACCUGUGGUUCUGCAAUGUCUGCAUACCGGUUUGGUGAGUCCUGUCAUGAUCAUCCGAAAAGUGGACAAGGGAAGUUCUGUGCUUGGAGGUAUUCGAAUGGAACGAGGACCUCAAAUGGCCGAUGAAUUCAAAGCUGGUGGUGAAUAUGGUGAUGAAGGUCUAGGGGAUCCGGUAUCGCAGCUUCACAAAGUGGCUUUCCAAAUUGUCAAUGAUCCAUCGACCACGCUUGGCCAUCACUCUAAUUUCGGCAAUCCGCCUUCGUUCAACAAUGAAUCUGAUUUCCUGCCCAGGUUGACUGAACCAGCAACCUAUCUCAACUGUGCAAGCGAUGUGGUGGGCAUGCAUCAAGUUUCGGAACCUCGCAAGUUGAACCCUGAAAUGAAAGCUGAACUGACCCAUCGAGCCAAUGCCUCCAGAGUGGAUGCAGAACAAUACGCUGCCGCUAAUGGAGAAUGGGAUUGGGCUUCCAUCAAUGAACCUUUCUAUAACCCAGAGAUGAUGAACCCGGCCGACUCCGCUAUCGUUGCUCAUGAAGGCGGUCGAGUGAUGGACAAAGCUUCAGCCCAGAGUUGACGGUGUGGUUUGGUAAUGUUCCCUCCCCGAGAACCGAAUGUAGAAGCGCCGAGGUUUUGAAGUGCGAAUUACCCGAUGCUAGCAUGUGGUUCAAUGAAGAUGGAGGUGCAUUCGCCGUUCAACAAGAUACCCUCAAGGUACCGCUAUUGUUGGUCCGUAGA